AUGAAGGGCCGGGGCGAGGGACAGCCCGUGGGCGUGGGCGGAGAGCGCGGGGGGACGAAGGGAGGGAGCGAGCCACGGAGGGCGAACGGGGCGAGCAGCUCCAAGCCCGGCGUGGCAGCCCCGGCGCGGGCAUCCAGCGCGGGCGGUUCUAUCAGCUCUGCGUUGUCUCUGUGGCCACCCAACAGUGACAGCAGCAUGAGUGCCCCCCAGCCCGCCGUGCCAGAGCUGAACCAGCUGAGGAGGCUGGAGGCCUGGCAGGAAAGAGGAGCACCCCUGGGCGGGGACAAGCAGGGUUCCCUGGAGGAGGGCAGGAAGGAGAAUGGCAGGGCCAUGGUGGGUGCCCGGGAGAAGGGCCCUCGGGUGGGCCAGCGGCUGCCCUCAAUCGUGGUGGAGCCCGGCGAGGGGCGUGCCGUGGCGAGCGGGGAGCUGUGUUGGCCUCCGGAGGGCGCCCAGAGGGGGUCCGCCCAGAGCCAGGCUGCUGCUCCUCCCUCACCGCGUCUGCCGGGAGCACCAGGGAAGGUUCCAGAUGACGCUGGCAGCAAGCGUGCCAGCUCUGAGGACCAGUCCCCCCGCACCCAGCGAUGGGACGAGGACAUGGCCAGCUUCCGCUGUCCCUGGGCUCUGACAGCUGGGAGGGCCUCAGCCCCAGAGCGGCCUGGGCCUGCCUGGGCGCCCAGUAGGCAGAGCUGA